AUGUUCGCUCGUCUUGCGUUGCCAAAGAGUCGACUCGCCAUUGCGGUGACAGGCAGCAACUCCGUGUCGCUCUAUCGAGGUCGGCUCGCAGUCGCCACAGCAGCGCUGGGCGCCUCAUCUUUCACUAGCGCAGCACGGGCCUCGCAACGAUGGUCCAGCUCGGGUGUUAUUAGCAACAACUCCAGCAGCGGCGCCUCCAGCGCGGGUACCAUUGCAACUCUUGAUCUGAGCGAGAAGGAGUUGAUCGAGCUCAACAAGAAGGCCGCUGAAGCGUUCGAAAAAGGCGACUUUCUCUCGGCCAUCGAGGCGUGGGAGAAAGUGGUACAGUCGAAGCAGCACACCCCAAACAGCCCCACCCUCAUGAGCUGCCUCAACAACCUCGCUUGCGCAUACGGUGAGAUGGGCGACAACGUACGAAAGAUGAAGUUACUGGAACGAUCUCGGGACCUGGUACAGACUGUGUACGGCACCGACCACCCGCAGUAUGGGAUGGUCUUGUAUAACAUGGCCUGCGCCAAGGAAGAGAUGGGCCUCUAUGUUGACAUGAAGCGGCUGCUCGUGAAGUCGCUCGCGCUGCACGAAAAGCGUUUCAACCCUCGACAUGCCAAGGUCGGUCGUGUUCUGCUGCUGCUCGCCUCCGCCCACGGUCAUCUCGGCGAGCACGAGGCCCAGCUGCAAGCAGCCGAGCGUGCGUAUGAGAUUGUGAAGCGCCACUGCGGCCCUGAUCACGUGCAAACAACCAUGGCGAUGAUCACUCUCGGUCGAGCCUACGGUGCGGCAGGACAGGUGGAGCGACAGCUGCAGCUCGUUCAGGCGGCCCACAGCAUUCAAGAGAAGCGACUUGGCCCAAUGAACCCGCAGCUGGCCAUGACCCUGCUUGAGGUCGCCGACGCACAUAGGGUCAACGGUGACUUCUACAAUCAGAAGGCGCUGCUCGAACAGGCAAUGGAGCUACAGCAGCGGUCCUUUGGGCAGCAACACGCUCAUCUCAUUGACACAUACAUCGCGCUCGGCGACGCAUGCGGGCAGCUGGAAAAUCCGGAGUUGCAAGCGCAGUACUAUCUAGAGGCGCUCAGAAUUGCACGCCAGCGCUUCCAAGGGAGACACAUUGCCAUCGGCAAGGCUGCGGUGAACGCUGCCCGCGCGUAUCGCUCUCAGGGCGACAAUGCGAAGGCGCAAGCGUUGUUAGACGAGGCGCGGUUUAUUGUGGAGCGCAACGUGAGUCCAGAGCACCCUCUCUCCAAGCAGUUGGACAAGGUCACGAGGGAGUUGGCGCAGUAG